UCGCGGAGCGUUGCAGGCGUUGAGGAGAGUUAAGUCUCGGUUUUUCUGGAAAUUGUGCUAUGCGGUCUUCGGGCACUGCUCCACCACACCCGGGUUUCCAGGGUUUCCCGAAUAAUCCUACCUGAGAAAGAAGCCCAGAGGAAGAGGAAAGAAAGGAGAAGGAAUGGCCCUUUCCCAGGGACUGUUGACAUUCAAGGAUGUGGCCAUCACUUUCUCUCAGGAGGAGUGGGAAUGCCUGGAACCUGCUCAGAGGGCCUUGUACAGGGACGUGAUGCUGGAGACCUACAGGAACCUGCUCUCCCUGGGUGAGGAUAACUCCUCUCUGGAAGUUGGAAGCCUUUCUGCUGGAUUUGCAAUCAAGGAGUUAUCACCAAGAGAGGAUAUUAAUAAAGGAGAAUUAUACCAUCUAGUUGUACUGGACAGAAAUGAAAACCAUGGCAUCAAGGAUUUUGACCUCAAGGAAGUCUGUGCAGAUGUGCAGGAGUGUGAGAGUGAGUGGGGAUGUGAUGCAAGAAAUGACAAAGAAGUACUUUUGACCCAUAACAAAAAUCUCAGUCAUGGAGAAGAUCACAAUAAUAAAUCCUUAAUUAAUUUUCCUCAGAGUGUUUCUGUAAGAAGUAAUGCAUGUGAAUAUUUCAUGCACGACAAGCCAUUCAUAAGAAGUUUGUUAACAGCGCAAAAUAACAUCAGCGUUGCUAGAAACAGAGAUCUCAAGUGUUUGGAA